GACUGCGGCUUAAGACCUGACUAGUCAAACGCUAAACGGCCAUGCUAACUUUAUCAAGCAUAGUCAAGCGUCCAAAUAGGCUUUAAACGUGAUCACUGAUGCAUCUUAGUUGUUUUAUAACAAAAUAUUAAAACAUCUACACAUUAUGUUUAAGUAACUUCAAAAGCGAAACCGAUCAUUCACUCCGAUACUGUUAGUCAGGUCUGGGUUACCCGAAGCCCACCGAAUUUGAAACCGAAAACAUUAGCUUAGCUCAUGUUAGCUUAGCAGGCCAAUCAUUAACCUACCUAGUCUGUCUAAUUCAUCCAUUUAAAACAAAACGUAACAAAACAUGGAGAAACUGGCUGCUUUUAUACUCGUUUUAACUCUACUGUGCGCUUACUGGCAAAGCGCUGAAGGAAUCAGAGAAUACUCAUACGCAGAUUGCACCGAUGUGAAAGGAGACAGUGCACACAGGUAUUCUGGGAGUCGAUGCUUCUGUUACAGCCCUGGUACAGUAAUCAAAUGGAAGGACAUCUGGUCCACCUUCAAGGUAAACGUGUCAAGCAAUGUGGACGUUGUUGUUGUGUUCCCAAUGGAGACUAUAAAUUGCCACCAUCCGGAUGAUCUUCUGACGGUUAUGAACUGCUUUGUUGAACACUACUGGCCAUCCACUGUCCAAAGGGAGACGUCUUUAGAGAUUCCUCUGGUUGAUGUUGAUAUCUGCUUCAUGAUCAAAUCGCCUAGAAGCAAUACUGAGUACACACUACACGUCUCCAACAAAAGGUUAAACAGAAUGUGUUUCCUGCUUUUCGUGUGUGGGCUGAUACUGUUUUUUGGAGCCAGAAACAUAUGCAGGAGCUCACUGUUUUUUUACACCACCGGGGUUUCGCUAGGAAUCAUUGCCACAUUUGUCUUCCUCACGCUCUUGCUCCGCAACUUCGUACCAAAGCGAGGGCUGUUCCUUGUGCUGCUGGGCGCUGGCUCCGGUCUGUCCUACAUGGGGAUCCAGAGGGUGUUAAAUGAAUGGGACGACAUCGUGACUGAGCACUGGAUGGAAUUACUGGCUUAUGUGCUGAUAUCGGGUUUAUUUAGCUUUGCCGUGUGCUAUAAACACGGUCCCAUCACCAACAAACACACCCUCAACUUCAUGACCUGCUCGAUGCAAGCAGUAGGCAUAGUGUUGCUUUACUACGGGAUCACAUUCCCUCCUGCUUACUUUGUACUUGUCGCUGUCCUGUUGUGCUGGAAGAUUCUGCCCUUGGCCUGGAGCCUUCUGAUGGGGAUUUGCAGUCUCUUCUACUCUUUCCUGGCUUUAUUCCGGAGGAGGAGACGGCCCACUGUAAGGCUGCUGACUGAGGAAGAGUACAGAGAGCAGGGAGAGAUCCACACCAGAGCCUCUCUGGAUGAGCUGCGGGAAUACUGUAACAGACCUGGCUUUCCUGCAUGGGAAACAGUGCUGAGGCUCAGAUCCCCACAAAGGUUUGCAGAGUUUCUCCGUCAAGGCAGUCACAUCACUCAAGAGGAGCAUCAGAACCAUGAGAAUCAUUACGGCCUUGGCGGUGCCUAUUAUGAGAAUGUGAUCUUCAACAACAGCAGCUCCAGCGACACUCAGUCACACAGAGAAGAAGCAGAGGACAAUAGUGAAGACGAGAUAGUUGGAAACAGUCCUCCAGUCCUAAAUAACCUCCCCAGUCCAACUAUAUACCCUCCAACCAUCUGUCCAUAUCCUCCUGUCACCUACACCCCUCAGCCAGAACCCCUGGAUCCAGAAGACCAGGACUUCUUUUGAAACUCAGCCAGGAUAAGUCAUUUUAUGCUUAUUUUAAAGAGACACUUUAAAUUGCACAAUAUUAUAAGGAAGAAAUGACUCUAAGGAACAUUAGCAGGUCUAUAAGGAUUGUAAAAAUCUCUUGUUUGUGUGUUUUAAUGAUCUCUUUCUGCCAGCGUGGGCUGUUAUUAUAUAUAUUUUUAAGUUCUUAUACCCGAGUGAUGCAGAGCUGGGAGUAAAGUAACAGCGUAUUGUACAUAUUGUAUGCUAAUAGUGUGUGAGCAGAUGGUGACUCUCAGGUAUACAAGCUCAUCAUUUCAGUCAAUAAUCUUUUUCCUCAACUGUUCCAGAGCAGUGUUUUCCAACCCUAUUCCUGGAGGCACACCAACAACAUAUGUUUUGGAUGUCUUCCUUAUCUGACCCAUUAACUUCUGGUUUUGAAGUUGAUUCAGGUGUGUUUGAUUAGGGAAAGGUUGAAAAUGUGUACUGUUGGUGUGCCUUCUGAAACAGGCUUGGGAAACACUGUACUAGAGAAUGACUGGACAUGUAGAAUCAUGUGGUGUAAUUUAAGUAAAUCAUGCCCUCUAGUGUUGGCUCAGCUAAAAAAAAUCUAAAUCUGUGUGGCGUUCUGUCUUAAGUGGAGCACAGAAGUAGACGUUCAGUAAAAUCUCCAAGCUGCUCGAUAUUUUAGAACUAUACUAUGUGGCUUAUGAGCAUUUGUGCGUACUAUUUUAAUUCUUCUCAUGACAUUUGAUAGAAAACAAGGUCCCUAUUCAGCAGAACGCAUCAUUGCCUUGAUAUAAUAUGGAUCUGUUACUCACAAAGAAACUUUUUAGGGGCUCUUUAAACAAAUCACGGUGUGUUUGACUUGCACUGGCUGGUGUCUUGAACGUGGCAUUGUUCUAAAAGGGCUAAAGUUAGAAUAACGAGUUUUUAAAAACAUGUCUGGAGGUGUUUUUUGUCUAUUUGACAGCUUACGUCGUAUGUUUGUUCAACGCAUUAUUGAUUGUGGGGCCUUUCACACUUUCUUUACACCAUCUUUAUGCUGAUGUUUGGCCAUUGUGCUCUUUUUCUGGCACAUUUUGCACUGCUGUUUGACAUGGUGUUUUGUAAGCAGUGUUUAAAGGGAUAGUUCACCCAAAAAUGAAAAUUCUUUGGUCCCCCAACAGUUUUGAUGUUUUAAUGACCUUCCUGGUCUCUGCAUUAAAAAAUAUAUAUAUACAAAAUAAAUAUAUACAAAAAAAUUAAGAAAAAUAACACAUUGUUUUUACAAUAAAAUAGCUCCUGCUAGCAAAAGAAUUUAGUAUGAGUCCUUAUACCAGACCUAUCUUCCAUCUUCUGAUUUAUGUGUUUUUUUCUGCUUUUUUCCCCUCUGUCCAGGCAACCCCUUACUGCCUCUAUAAUACUACUGUAUAUUAAGGUCUGGACUCUGUGCAGGCCAUUUCAUGACUGUUUUAGCUGUUUUUGUCGAUAAAUAUAUCAUCAAUAUCUAUAAUCCUUCACAUUUCCAGAUCUGUUUGGGUUUUUUUCUUCUGUUGAACACAGAGGAGGAUAUACUGAAAGAUGUUGCUAUAAAAACAGCCAUUGACUUCCGUAGUAUUUUAGUUUUAUUGGUUUUACUAUGCAUGUCAAAGGCUGCUUUUUUACAGCUUUCUUCGGAUUAUCUUGUUUUGUGUUCAAUAGAAGAAAGACAAGCAUAAAAGAUACAUAAAACUACUUGAGAGUAUAUUUGAAUUUGGGGUGAACAAUCUCUUUUAAUAAUACUUUUGACUAUUAUUGUACUUGCUUUGACCUAGUCUUUUUAAGUGCAAAAAAGAUGUCUUGUGUGUCUGUGUGUGUGUGACUUAAAAAACUUGAUUAUAGCGUGUAAUUUGGGCUAUGAGUAACUUUGGAAGUCCCAAAUAUGUUUUUAAUAACAUUUCACAAAGCCACUGAAGGAAUUAUUCUCACUUUUUCUGUGUCCUACCAACAACUGUUGUGCUCACUUGCAAAUAGUUUGUUUCCAAGAGAAGCUUUGGAUUACUAUGGACGUUUUUGGGGCCAAAAGUUUUUAAAAUAAAGUUGUGAACUGGAUCAUGCUGUUUGACAUUGUGUUUAUAGUAUACUGUUAUGUUGACCUACAUAAAUAAACACAUCUUGUUUUCAUAUA